CCAAAAGAGCGACAUCGUUCUCAUUCCAUUUCAGCGAGGUAGGACAUUCAAUAUCCCACCAAAUUUUCACCAAGCAUGAAAGCCACUCCUUGCGAGCCGACAAUCAAAAUAAAUGGCGUCGUUUAGCGUGAAGAAACGGGUCUCAUCUAUCCUGAAACACAGGAGUGCCGCAGUUUGGUGACAGUAAAUAGUGCAUGCAAAUAGAAUCGAUGGAAUUAAUCGGUCCACGUGGCAUGAAAACGUGUAACGUAAUCAUCCGCACCCAUCCCAGUUGUGACUCGUCGUCGUCGUCAUUUGUCGUUCCCGAACCUCUCGUCGCUCUACAGUUUGAAGUCAGUGGACAUUGAGAGCGCCUCAAGUGCAGAACGGUAUCUCGUCCGGAGUCAUCUGGCUUCAAGAUGGUGUACAAAGUGUUGCAAAAAUUUAGUACCAGCAGCUCAACGGAAGCUUUUAAGCCAUUUCUGCUGCUGCUUAAGUGUCUCGGAUUGACACCAUUUUUUUCCAAUGCCUCGAACAGGAGGCUGCUGUCGGCGCUGAACGUUAUCAUUCUGCUGCUCAUAGGCUCACUGUACAUCAAUGGACCAUGCCGGCAAAUUCGCCGGGAUAUGUUACGCUUCCAGUCAUCGCCCCUAGCCGUGAACAGUCGCAUCUUCACGUACCUGCUGGGAACGCUGGUGUAUCAUCUGACCAUGAUUAUAAACUUUCUUCACCGACAUCGCCUGUGUGAGCUGUUUCAAGCGUUUGUUAACAUCGAUCGUGAGCUGCAGCAAGUCGGCGUGCGGAUCAACUAUCGAAUGCACCGGUUUCUUAUCACUGCCGGCAUGGUUUGCUUUCUGUGCGGCAUCUUCGUUACUUCCGCGCUGGUGUAUGCGUACAAAAUCACGGUGCUGAACAAUCAGCCCAAUUUCGAUGGCCGGUGGUAUUACAACAUGUUUUCGUUCGUCUAUUACAACGCCGCCUUUCCCACGAUCACAAGCUACUUCACCAUUGUGCUAUGGUUCCUGCUGGUGCGCUUUGAACGAUUAGCCAUGGCAAUUAGGAUGUACUUCCCGACCACUCCGUCGGCGGUGGGAAAUCGGAGCGAGUUUGCGAUAUGCAGCGAAAAGGAGCAGAUUAAUGUGCUGAAGCAAAUCAAAAUCCUGCACGACAAACUGAACGACGUGGUGGAGCUCGUUAAUUAUUGCUUUUCAGUACAGAUCACAUUCUGCGUUGGAUUGUGCUUCGUCAUCGGAGUCGUCUGUUCAUUCGGUCUGUUCCGGGCGUUCAUCUAUCGGAACGAGCUAUUCUACAUGGGUGUGCUGAACUUCAUCUGGUACAUGUAUUAUCUUUUCUUCGUCCUGUUUUUCAUCGCCGUCGGGAGCAAAAUAACACGCGAGGGCAAGCGGAUCGGCAUUCUAGUGCAUAAAGCCAUCAACUGUUCGUCUUCGUCAGCAGUGAUAAAUGAGUUGAACCUGUUUUCCCAGCAGCUACUCCAUCGCAGUCCGGUCAUAACGUGCGGGUUGUUUGUCUACGACUGGACACUCUGGUACACGAUGAUUGGCGCCACAGCGACGUACCUCAUCAUCUUAAUUCAGUUCGAUGUCUCGUUCCCGAACUUGGUCAAUGUCAACGCCACGGCGGUGUACCGUGGAAGCACAUAGAGCACAACAACACCCGACAACAACGCCCAAAGACGAGCGACUACAGCAUGUCAUGUCUCGUGCUUGAUGUGUCCUGAGUGAGUAGAGCAAAACUUUUCUAGGACGAACGAGCCGGUACAUGGAGUGAAAUAUUGUUAAGAUCUCUUGGAACAAGACUACGUAAAAUCCCUCAUUCAGUGUGCGUGUGUGUGUCUUCGUUUUGUUUACUUUGAUGUAGAAAUUGAACAAACGAAAAAACAAAACGAAAGUCCGAUCUAGUCCGAGUAGUUUCGUGAGCAACGUGUACUUCAUUGUGUGGAGCUUGCCGUCUCAACACCAUUUAUCCAUGCGACCACGAGCCAUUAGGCGUCUCCAUCGUACAAUGGUGGUGCCGGCACCUUCCCACCAUCAUCAUCGGCAAGCAUAAAACGGUCAUUGUUUGUGCUCUCAGUAACGUGUUUGAGUGCUACUUGUUCGCCCGAGCCACUUCAAGCGCCAAGUUCUGGCACGGCGAAUGGAAGCAGGAGUAGGUGGUGGAGGGUGCAUUGGUCGUAAUUUGAAUUAACCAUCAACAACAGCUAGGUUUCAAGUCAACUGCCGCUACUUUCGGCAAAUAUUUACGCAUUGUCAGGUUCAAGUUGGCUCGAGCAGCUUCAAGCAGUGUUCCAAGUAUUCCAACGCCCAAGAGAGACAAUGAAGAUGAAAUACGAUGCGAGCUAUCGGUAAGGGGGGUUAACGUAUCGUUCAUUAAAGCGCCCAACUUUAUUUUGAUAAACGACAACAUAAAUGUCCUAAACUCUGUACGAUCUGAUCGCAUUCCAUCCCGUUGUUUGGGUUUCUUUUCAAGCUCGUAUGAAAGUUCAAAAGUGCGUCUGUGCAGCUAAUUAUGUCUCGCCAACCCUUCAUCAUUUGUACUGUUGUCAACAAAAGAAAUUAAUCAAUGUACCGAUGUAAACAUA